GUAUACCAAGCGAGGUAGUUAACAUCUCGCCACUGCGGCGCCCCAUUUUUAUUUUGUGGAGAGAGGUAGUCAGUCAUAGGCACAGGAUAAAAAGGAAGACCAUGAGUCUGGACUUGAACAGGGGCAGUUAGUCAAGAGCAUGGCUUGAGGAAUAGGCGUUCCAGACUAUGGGGGACAGUGGAGCAAUAAAAGUUGACAAAGGGCUUCAAGUGAAAGCCCUCAUAUCAAUUCUAAAGCUCCCAAUAUGUACAUAGAAGCACGUGUACUGUUUGGCAUAGUAUGAUGUUUGUAAUUGGUUCGUGCGACCUCCUCUGGCCACUAGUAACUGCUACAGAAUAUUGUCUCAUGUUACGACAUGUUUAACAUUUUGCAGUGUGCGUAGACAAAUAAUAUAUUUAAAAGAUCACUUUGAAGGAAUAUUUAGUAGUUUCACAUGUUGUAUUUCAAAUGUGAACAGAUAUAAUGUUCACAUUCCCAUACAUUCUUCACCCACAGAAAAAUACAGUUGAACUAUCGUGGGUGGCACUGCCGUUCUGAAUGUUUGCCCUUGAAUUAAUUUUAAACGGAUGGUGUAGUUUUUUUUAAUCUCCACAUGUUUACAGCCAGAGUGAAGUACUUUCACACACACAAGUUAUUGUACACACGCCGAAAGGAUUCUGAAACGUGCAAAUGAACAUUUAUCUCUGGACAUGAGCAACACAUUACACAUUUUUUUUUGGGACCUCUGCUGCAGGAAGUGGGUUUUGAGGGUGACUUAUCACACUGAUGAACCUGGCAGAGAACUGCCAUGCUGCUUGGUGGCACGUAUGUAGAAUUAGAAUUCGUCAUCAACAAAAAUGAAAAAAAUAAGAAAAAAUCAAACAAGCACCCACCACUGACUGGGCCUCGAUUCUGAUAAAGCUCACGCGGCGCUCUACAACAGCAUUAGUCGCUGCAGAAAACAGCAACAGCGGGGAUCUGAGGUCCCGUCAUGGCUCCGUUGCUGCUGGACUCUGCGAGCGCCGUGACACUCCCCGUGUGGCCGCUCGUCCUGAUUGUGGCCGCUGCCUCCUUGUCGUUGGUGCUGCUGCUCGCGCUGUGUGCCCACUGCAAUCGGGCAGAGGAUUGUAAAGAAAAUGGCGUGAACGUAGUACUCACCAAUGCGGUCCACGGUGAACGAGGCCAGCAAGGGCACCUGCUUGGCGGAGGCGAGGAGACCAAUGGAGAAGUGACGAAUGGCACCGGUGCAGCACAGCAGCAGGAGGACCUGAGCCCCAGCAGCGCCACGGAACGGCAGGACGACGAGAGUGCGGAUCCAGUCGCUGGCGACGAAUGUCCGGACAAGGCGGCGGACGAACCCCCGUCGCCCAAGGCCACCUCGUGCUGCCCGAGACGACAGCGGCGGUGGGGCCGGAGGGCAGAGGGCCGCAACGUCGCGACGGCGGCGCGGAGAGACUCGGGGGCGGACGACAACCUCUACGAGGACGUGGAGAACGCCGUCAGGGGAUUGGUUCAGGCGGAGGGGACCCAGCCGACCCCGGCUCCGCGACCCUCCGAGUCGCGGGGUCAAGUGGCCCCGCAGGCCGAGCCCUGCUACGCGGAGGUCCGGAAGAAGACCAAGGAGGGCGGCGCCGUGAAAUCGACCCCGAGGGAAAACAAAAAGAUGGUGGCGUUCAAGGACAGCAAGGGAGAGUGCCACUGUGAUAGUGAAGAGGUGGCACCUCCGCCGCCAGAGAAGACCUGGGCGCAGCAGAGGGCACAGGAGGAGGAGGGGAACGCCCCUGCCAGCGACAGCAAUCCGACUGCAAGCGGCAGCGGUGGACAGGCGGCGCCGAGGGAGGCCGAGGUCCUGUACGCCACGUUGGAGGAGGCGGGAGCCAAAAGCGAGGAGGCGGUGACGAACCCGAGCGACCGGGCGCCGCCACCCCAGAGGCCACCGUCUGUGCAGCGGCCCAUGUUCCUGCCGCGGAACAACGAGACGACGCACGUCACGUAUGCCGAGGUGAGGCUGCAGCCGGCGAAGAGCGAGGAUCAGCAGCGGAGGAGCAACUCGGAGGUUCAUUACGCCACCAUCGUCGGCACCGUCAGCGGCGGCGGUGACAGCGAGUGCUUUUACGCCACCGUGCAGGAGGCCAUGCCUGCCUCGAGGAAAUGAGUGUCACAGCAACCCCUCCACCCCCCACCCCUGACUGCCGAUUGUAAUAUUUUUUUAUAUAUAAAUUUUCGUAAACAAGCCACGUGCCGCUUAUGACCCCACACUUAAUAAUCAAACACGGUCUUAACUCGCCAGGCAAUGUAAUCGACCUGCCCACCCCGUUUCGCACGAGGCUAUAAUUUUUUUUUUACGAUAUAUAUAGAAAACAAAUCUAUAAUCCGGCAUGCUUGACACAAGCACGCGCUCCCUGUCACAAUAGACGAUCGAUAAGCACGGACAAUUACGUACGUCCGAAAUCAUCACCACGACGCAGCAAAGCGUUGAUGAAUUCAGUUGUGCCUCCCAGGUCAGGUCGCGAUUGGCCCAGGAGACAAGGUGACACGUCGUGCAGCGGCUGUGACUCGCGUGCGCACAAUCAACGGUAUAAGCACUUAGUCUUUUCACAUUGGGCUCAUCGUCAAGCGAACUAAACUUUCAGGGAUUCUUUGUUGUUGUUGUUCUUGUUGUUGUUUUCUAUUCCAAGACGACUUUAUUUAUGAGACUACGGCACGGGCGAUGACAAACAACUGCAUGGCCGCAAUGAGUUUGGCGCACGGGAGGCAUUCGACAUAACACGUGGCGAGUCUGUAUAUUUUUACGAUGUAUGUUUCGUCCAGACAUCUCCCCCUAGUCCGCUCCACCAGUUUCCACGAACGAGAAGUAUUAUUUUUUUGUUUAUACCAUAUGUAGUUUUUACGUGAACAAUGUCAAUAAUUGUGAACGAUUCGAACCUUUAUCGAGUCAAUUGGAUGAUAAUUGGCCCUGGAGCUGCUAAUUCAGUCUAUCAUUUACGAUAACCUCGGUGCAAAAUUGUCGCUGCAUCUCAAUAUCAUACAAUGGAUCGGCAUGCACGCAGUUUCAUGUCCCCCCCCCACCGCACCUCCAAUUUGUACGGCGCGAAAGAGGUUCAACAUACGUACACACGUACACGCACCUUGCCGAGCAAUGUGUGCCAGAGCCGGUGAAUCUUAUCGGACUUUCCGAUCAACUGAUAUAUGCAGAUCUGGGUCAGUUUGGGGCCAAAUAAACUGCAAAACUGCAUGCAUAAGGCAUUGUAAUUCGAAUCUCAUUAUUCACAGCAUGCGUGUAGCGGUUUUUCAAUUCAUCAAGUAAAAUCUAUUCAUAUUCUCACGGUACACGCAUCGAAUCGUAACAUCCCGCAAGUCGGCGAAUGAUUUCUGCAUUAUAUGCGAAUAAUACGCUCGCAUUGUUCCAUGUAAAUGCCACAGCGACAAACAGAAAACUGGAGCAACAAGACGACAACGAUCGAAAAACGAUACAAAAGUGAAGACGCAACACAACAACUGUUGCAUCAAAUCGAGAGCCAAAAUCGUGACAAUCCAUAGAAUUGCUGUGGUUGGUAAAUCUUUGCAUGCCCACUGCCAAUGUUUGGAUAUCACUCAUCAAGGAUGUUAGCCGUGGCUGAUAAUGGAGCUCAGUUCACAGAGUUCACAGGGAACUCUGCCAACCACUGCACCACUGCAAAGACAAAGAUCCCCCGUAUAGCCUGUAAUAGACUGUCUUUGCAAGUGCUGUUAGCGAGUAGCACCUAUGAAGGCUGGCAC